CAGCACUUCCAUCAUCAUCUUCUGAAUAAUGUCAGUCUGCCUUCCUGCCUCACAAAUGCCUUUCCAGCAAGCAUCGAUGCAACGUUAGUUGCUCCCAGGCUGUGGACCAUCCAUCGAAAUGGAGAAGUCCUUCUGAGGCUAUCAAAAUAUGGACCAGGCCAUGAGGCUCCGAUGACCAUCCCUGAAUUAUUUCGAGAUUCUGUCAGCUGGUUUGGGACACAUCCAGCCCUUGCAUCCAAAAACGGCAACAAGUGGGAUCUGAAUUUCAGCCAGUACUAUGAGGCUUGUUGGAAGGCUGCCAGGUCCUUGCUCAAGCUGGGCUUGGAGUGUUUCCAUGGAGUUGGCAUCCUGGGUUUUAACUCUGUGCAGUGGUUUGUUGCUGCUCUUGGCUCUAUCUUAACAGGGGGUCUUUGUGUCGGUAUUUAUGCCACCAACUCUGUUGAGGCUUGUCAAUACAUCAUCAGUCAAGCCAAGGUGAACAUCUUGCUGGUUGAAAAUGAUCAACAGUUACAGAAAAUCCUUUCGAUUCCAUGGAGCAGACUGGAGACUCUAAAGGAGAUUGUCCAGUACCGGCUGCUGAUGAAAGAGAGCCGUAACAACCUGUACUUUUGGGAUGAUUUCAUGGAACUUGGCAGUAGCAUUCCUGACACUCAACUGGAGAGAAUUAUUGAGAGCCAGAAAGCUAAUCAAUGCACCCUUAUCAUCUACACUUCGGGGACCAUAGGCCCACCCAAGGGAGCAAUGCUCAUCCAUGACAAUAUCACGCGGAUGGCAGGGGCAGUUUCAAAAGACUUUGGUCUAUUGGAGAAGCGGGAGGUGGUGGUCAGCUACCUCCCCCUCAGCCACAUUGCAGCACAGAUGAUGGACAUCUGGAUACCUAUAAAGAUUGGGGCAGUCACAUACUUUGCUCAGCCAGAUGCUCUCCGGGGUUCGCUGAUGGACAUUCUGCGGGAGGUGAGGCCCACCACAUUCUAUGGCGUCCCAUGGAUCUGGGACCGGAUGCUUGACAACCUCAAGGCCAGCCAGCUGGACUCGACCACGCUGCGGAGGAAGUUUGACAAGUGGGCCAUGAUGCUGGGACUGAGGACCAAUCAGAAGCGGAUGUUUGGGCACAUAGAUCUUCCACUAUGCUUUGGCCUGGCCAAGAGCCUGACCUUCAACCCAGCCAGGAAGUUCUUUGGCCUGGAACACUGCCAGCAGUUCUUCAACAUGGGGCCAGGGCUCCCCAGGGCCACCCUGGACUUCUUCCUCAGCCUCAACAUACCCAUCUUUGAGUUCUAUGGCUUGACCGAGUGCACAGGCAUCCACUCCGUAUCCAGCCACAAGGCCUUCCGGCUGCUGAGCUCUGGGAAGGGGCUACCCAGGGCCCACACCAGGGUGCAUAAGGAAGACGAGGAGGGUGUUGGGAACAUCUCUAUUUGGGGCCGGAACAUCUUCAUGGGUUAUCUCAACAACAAGGAGGAGACAGAGAAGAGGAUGGACUCCCAAGGCUGGAUGCACACAGGGGACCUGGGCUUUUUGGAUGUUAAUAAGUUCCUGUACAUCACAGGCAAUGUCAAUGAUAUCAUCACUCUCAGUUCUGGGGAAAAGGUCAACCCCAAACCCAUCGAGGACCGCGUAAAGACGUACAUCCCCAUUGUGCGGCACGUGGUGGUGGUGGGCCAGGAUGCUCCGUACCUGUGCGCCCUGCUCACGCUGAAGUGCCAGGUCAAUAUGGAGACAGGAGAGCCUCGAAACAUGCUGACCAGCGAGGCCGUGGCUUUCUGCCGGCAACUCAAGAGCCACUCUACAAGGCUGACAGACAUCAUCAAUGGCCAGGACCACAUCAUCACAGGGUUCAUCAGCGAGGUCAUUGACACCAUCAACGUGGAAGCUCAGUCAGAGAGUACCAGAAUUGUCAAGUGGACCAUCCUCAACACAGACUUCUCCAUUGCUGGCGGGGAGCUCGGGGCAACAACGAAAGUGAAGAGGGCAAUCGUGGCCAAAAUAUACCAAGAGGAAAUUGAAAAGUUUUACAAGGAGGACUGAUUAGUUGUGGCCAGGAAGAGGCUCCAUUCCCUCUCUGUGUCCCUUUCCAUUGACUAUCAAGGAGCCAAUUCUUAGAGGGAGGAAAGCACGCCCAGCGAGGGGGCCUGCUGGCCACUAGCAUGACUCUCAGGGGAAGUGCUGUAAGUCUAAAAGAAUUAAUAAAACUGGCUCACUAGAGCAGUGGCUCUCACCCAGGAGCAAGUCUGCUUAUAGGGCUCCUGUGGUGAUGUCUGUGGUGGUCACAUCUGGUAAUCUGGCAUGGACUGGGUGGGUGCUGGUGUGCUGCUUAGCACUCCAGUGUUUGGGACAGCUCCCACUGCCAGGAGGAGAUGUCAGUGGUGCCUGGCUCCGCAGUGAAGGCUCCGUGAGAUUCAGAAGCUGCCUUGACAAAGCUCCUGGGUUUCUUUCCUUUCACUUUGAAAAAUACACACCCUAUCUUAAGUAAGAAGUAGUUUGGGGUUUGGUGGACAGGCCUGUUGUCCUUUUUUUUUUUUUGGUUGCAGUUUUUGGCCGGGGCUGGGUUUGAACCCAGCACCUCCAGCAUAUGGGGCUGGCGCCCUACUCGUUGAGCCACAGGCGCCACCCAGGCCUGUUGUCCUCUUUAGAGACAGUGCAGGGCUGUGGCCCAGCUGCCUGCAAGCACCCUGAGGUGCAUAAGAGGGCAGACAAGGGCCUGCAACUAGCCUGUGUAUGGGGUCAAGGACACCCAGGCUCAAGGAGUUCACACACUGGAUUCAUCAAAAACACUUGGGAGACUCCUUGUUCAUAUGGCACAUGUUAAAUCUCAUCUGGCACCCACCUUGUAGAGAAGAUACAGAGAUGACCCUGUGAAGCCCGUGGACACGCGCAGCCAAGUGCUCAGCCCUGACAAGGUUCCCACUGGGGCUGCAAGUGGCUACCAGGCCAGAACAUGCACAGGGAGCAUCUACAAAAGUCCUGUACAUGAGUAGGAAGCAGAAGAGCAACAUCAGGAGAGACUGUACCAAGAACUGGCACUCAAGGAGAGCCACCAGAUCUUGCUUUGUAUAAUGUGCAUGUUUUUGCCCAAAGUUUUGAGGGAAAAAUAACUAUAUAUUAUAUAUAGGUAGUAUGGCUUGGAAGUAGGGGAGCCCAGCAGCACUCCUAGGGCUGCUGCGCCAUCCCGCUGGGGCCUGCUGGGUGCACUGGGGGAGGUGCCGUAAGUCUAAAAGAUCUUCUAGUCUGGGAGGAUCUGGGAUUCAGUGGGAGCGGGCCAGAGUGGCCUCUGCUGAGAGCCGUGAUUAGGGGAGGACUUGAUGGCAGGAAUGUGCAGAGUGAGGCCUGAGGCCUGAGGCCUGGCCAGGUGAAGGUGGACUGCAAGCCCUGCACAGGUCCCAGGGACCCACCUGGCUACCUGCAGGCUGAGUAGCCUCAAAUGCUCCUGCCCUGCCAGCCAUAUGCUUGUCCAUCUCACUUGUGCCGGUGAUGUGGCAGGGAAUGAAGGGCUCCUGGGAGAGAGGGAGGGGGCAGGCUUCAGAGCAGUGGCUUGGGAGGGUGGGUAUGUGUGAUCUGUAAAUUUACCAGGAGGGUGCUAGUCCUCCCCAGCUGUGCCUCUCCUGGCUGAAACCUGGCCACUUUCUUGAGGGGCAUUUUCCUGCAAGUUUGAGUCAAAAGUGUGUGUGUACAUUAUACAAGGGAGCACAUUAUACACAGCAAAAUAUGUUAUUUCCCUGGAGAAAUACUAGGGAAUGUUAUCCAAGAAAUAAACACAUGGAAUUGGUUGGCUUGGCUUCUGGUCCAGCGUGUGUGGUGCUAGGAAGUCAUCGUGUCCAUCCUAACCAGAAAAACAGCUGAAA